AUCAAUCCUUUUUCCUCCGUUGCCCGCCUCCACCGGAGCCAGAGGGGAAAAGUCCACCCACCGCCCGCCUCGCUCGCCGCCGACCGGCCGCCAUUCCUGCUCCUGCGCCCCCCUUCCCUCCCCAGGAAUUCCGGUCCGACCCCCGAAUUAAGCCGCCGCCUCAGAUCUCUCAGUCAGUCAAUUAUUCCGACGGCGGCGAGUUGAGCGGGGAAUAAACAGCCGUUGCAAUGGGUAACUAUCUGAUAAGUACAGGAACCAAACCAGAGGAACAUGUCCAUGUUAAACGAGCCAGGAGAUCCACCAAUGGCAAGGGUAGGCCGAACAUUAAACUUCAAGACCUUCCAGAGGAUGUCUUAUGCUCAAUUUUAUCGAAACUGCCUGCAAAAGAGGUUGUUCGGACCAGCGUCUUGGCGAGCGAGUGGAGGUCUUUGUGGACAGCUUGCCCCAAACUAAGUUUCAACGGCGCCCAUACGCAUGGGGUGAAGCAGCAUGCCCAGGUGUUCGUCGACCGUGUUAACGCGGUUUUGCGGAAGCACCGUGGCAAGUUUGUCGAAGAUCUCGAGGUUAAAUUUAUGUUUGAGAGCAAACUAGUUCAUCACCUCGACAAUUGGAUUAGGUUUGCUAUAUCGUCCCGGACAAAGAAGCUAGCUUUUGAUUUGGCACCCUCAUCCAAUCUCCUGAGACAUGGCUAUCACUACACGUUCCCAUUCCAUCUCCUUGACAAGGAAAGCCUAUCCUGCCUACACUUUCUGCAACUUAGCUUUGUAUGCUUCAAACCUCCUUCCCACUUCGCCGGUCUUCCAAACCUAAGAAAGCUCGAUCUCUAUUUACUGAAAGGCACCACUAGGCAGGAUCUCGAGAAUAUCCUGGGCAACUGCUGUAAACUCGAGUGCCUGAGCCUAGUCAGAUGCCACCUGAACGAUGAGCUGAGGGUCGUUCAGCCGUUGUCGCACUUGCACUACUUGAAGGUUAUAUACUGUGAGAUAACCAAGAUAGAGUUCCACGCUGCAAGUCUCUCCACCUUUUUGUACGAUGGAACAUACAUACCUAUUGCCCUCCGUCACGCUUCCAAACUGGAAAAUGCAAAGAUUUCGUUCCGCGGUGCAGUUUUUCAGCAUGCUGUCGCGUCACUCCUCAGCGGGCUUCCAGAUGUACAAAACCUGACGCUGGAUGUUUUAAUUCUACGGCUAGAGACCCGAUGGGCGUUAAAUAGUCCUUGCGUGUUUUCUCAGCUCAGGCAUGUGCAGAUAAUGUUGAUGAUAUCUUACGAAGAUCAUGAUAAAAUUCUCUACAUAGUUUCGUUUCUAAGGGUUGCUCCCUUCAUUGAAAGGUUGGAAGUACAUUUUAAUGGGACUUCUACCAUGUGGUUUGCAAAUGAGGGACCUUCCUGACAAGAGAUCCCGCUGUGUGAAUACACACAUCUGAAGAAUAUCCGUGUCUCGGGUUUCAGAGGGGCGAGAGGCCAAGUUGAAUUCCUUAUGCACAUUGUGGAGAAUGCCCCUGCGAUACAGGUUGUGACUGUGGAUACAACUCAAAGACUGACUGAUGCUUGGGAUCCAGAUGAAGUAAAGCCAGAACUCAAUAGUGAUGCGCUUGAUAUGGUUAGAGGCCCUCUGCUUGACAGACUCCCAUCGGGUGCAAAGCUUUUUCUUGCUUAAGGCAGCGACAGGUCAACAGGGGCGAAGCCAUCGACCACCUUCUGGUUUCUGGUGCGCAGAGGUGCUUGAGGCUAGGGGCAGAAUUAAUUGGGGUGCCUAGGGGGAACGAUUCUUUGCUAGACUGGUGGAGUUCUUGCAAAAUCGUUUCGGUGGCUAGGGCGAAUGGCUUCUUGCCAGGCUGGUGGAGCUCCAAACCAGCCCCUCACGGUUCGUUACUUGCUCCGGUGUUUUGGGAGCUAUGGAAGGACAUGGUCUUCAACCAGGCAGCAGCGCCCUUGGAGAGAUCGGUCCAUGGUCGUGUUCUUCGGAGCGGAUGCUGGGCUUCUUCGUAUCGAUCUCGAGGCCUUCUUUCAGUCAUCGAGGAGGUGGAUGUUGUUAGAUAGGAAGUUAUAUAUGAUGAUGUAGGUGCACUGUUGGUGCGUUUAUAGCAUGAUAACGUUUGUAUUGGAGGAUUUGUGUCCCUGUGCUGUACAAAUAGCAAAUUAAAUGUUGUCCUUUUGUACAUCUUUUCAAUGGUUUGAAUUGGCAAUUUGGGAACAAAUUUGCCAAGUGUGUGUGAGUGAUUGAGACGAGUUAAUAUACAUCAGUUGUGAAA